AUGCCAAGCAACAGCAAGCCGUGUCACAACUGCCGCCGUCGACGACUGCGCUGCGAUCGCUCGUGGCCAACGUGCCACAAAUGUGCGGUCUCAGGGCAGGAGUGCCUUGGAUACGGCAAAGUCUUCAUCUGGACUCAGGCGAUUGACGCUCAGGGGAAUCUGAAGCCAUCACCAAGCCGCAGGACGCCCCUUGGUGGUCCUCUCAGCUCUGGCUCUGCAUCAACCUUCCCUUCAGCCGCAAACAGCUACUUCCCACCCUUUUCGGAUCCAGUCUCUGGCCGCCGCCCUGAUUCUGUGCCCGAAAAUCAAGCACAUGAUGCAUUGGUCAGGGAGCGCAGGCCAACCCCGGGCGGUGUCCGGCAGGCGUCUGGUCGUCGCCCCUCGCCGCCACUAAAAGGCAAGAGAGGCGAUUCGACGAUGUCGGCUGCACCGGAACCAACGAAGGAUGUAGCUUCAAGCCCAAACCAGGAGGCAGCGCCGGGGCGUGGAAAGUGGAGGCCACCAGCACUUGGCAGCUUGACAGAUCCUCUUUUCCAAGACCUUGAUCGCAACUCAAGAUACUACCUAGCACAUUUUGCCGAUCGCGUCUGCAAAGACUUGGUGGCUCGGGAUGGGCCAGGAGCCAACCCUUUCAGAGAUCUUAUACCGUUGACUAACAGACACCCUCUGCUGCUUCAGGUUCUUGUUGCUACUUCAGCAAUACACUGGUCCAACAUAUUUCGUCCCAUUACUGCGAUCCCAACAGGACUGACGGAUCCCGGAGGUUAUCUCGCCCAGUUACGAUCAAAAGACCUGGUUUCCAGGCAGGCUCUCAUCGAUGCCUUGACUGCGAAGCAAAAGGCCAUGGGCCACUUGCAAGAAGUGCUUGACACCCUGGAUCCUGGGGGAAGCGAAGUCGUCCUUGCUGCCAUGCAUUUCUUCAUCAAAUUUGAUCUGAUAGACUUGGAAAAGAGUGACGGAAAGGGAUGGAGAGCUCACUUGGAAGGUGCCAGUAGUAUCCUUGCUUUGCUCGCUCCAGGAGGCAAUGGAAGCGAACCAAACAGGAUGCUGCGUGACUGUGUGGUGGCUGAUUGUUUUAUAUAUCAUAUCUUAGGGUCAACGCUUGCGUCGGGCAGCCUCGCCACCAACAUAGCACGAUAUGCAUUCGAACUCCUGCCGGUCAUGAAGCGUGUCGAAGUCAACAGCUAUCUCUCGUGCCCGCCGGAGAUCCUUCACAUCAUCCUGGUAGCCUCCAAGCUCUCGUACGAGUCACCUUGCACCGACUGGUCUCUGUCUGCCGCGGACGAGGCACUUGCCCUGAUCGACGAGGCUCUUGCCUUUGAUAUACCGGCGUGGGCAGAUAAACUGCGGCAGAACCCUCGAGUGCAAGACAUUGAGAGCCGCAUCCACACUGCCUCGGCUCAUCGGUCUGCCGCAUGCCUAUACAUUCUGCAGGCACUGCCUCUCGUGCGGGCCGUCCGCCCUGUAGACAGCGAGUUCCUGGUGGGCGACAUCCUCGGACACUUGGGCCAGAUUAGCGUGGACGAUCCGUAUUACAAGGCUACAUCGUGGCCUACCUUUAUCGCCGGGGCCGAAACUCGCGAUGCAGAAAAGCGCACCUGGGCGAUGAAGCGUCUUCUGGGCAUCUGGGAGACGUGCCCUUGGGGCUAUCUGUUCACGGCGAUAGAGCUGCUGAAGGCCGCUUGGGAGCUGCAAGAUGCGAAUCCAGGCUCUGAUGAAGCCGGCGUCAACUGGCUGCAAGGCUUGAAGAGCAUGGGAAUCGAUGCACUGAUUGUGUAG